UCUAACCCUCACUGCAUGUAUUUCACUGCAGGCUGAACAAAGCUCGGGCUCAAUUGUGCUUCCUGCUUGUCAGCCUCUUGCCUCUCAAACGCGUACCAUUUCCACUUGAUGUCAUCGCGCAGAAGGGGGCGAAAGGAACUCGGUGACAGAUUCAGGGCUGAGGCUGACACGUUUUGUGAUAUGGUCCCGCCCAAAAACGGAAUGAGCAAAGGCACAGUCAUAGUUUUGAUCACUGGCCAGGGCCUGGAAGACGUGGAAGUGGAGUGUGGGAUUCUUGGCUCCUUUCGUGCCCCCGUAUGAUGAGAACAUGGUCGUGAACCAUGAGCCGUGCUCAUGGGAACACAGGAACAAAAUGAACACACCUGAAUACGCUAGAUGCUUGUGAGCACCCCAAACGACUCAACGAAGGUGCUGGAGUGGUGGACUCUGAGAACGAGCUUCUUCCCUUUGGCCUUGACUUUCCUGCUCCCAGUCCAGGAUGGAGACGCUUUCCCAAGAUUCUUUGAUGGAAUGUCAGAUCUGCUUCAAUUAUUACAGCCCCCGGCGAAGGCCCAAGUUGCUAGACUGCAAACACACCUGCUGCUCAGUGUGCCUUCAGCAGAUGAGGACAAGCCAGAAGGACGUGAGGUGCCCUUGGUGCCGGGGCAUCACCAAGCUGCCCCCGGGCUUCUCCGUGUCACAGCUCCCUGACGACCCUGAGGUCCUUGCCGUCAUUGCCAUCCCGCACGCCUCCGAGCACACCCCGGUCUUCAUCAAACUUCCCAGCAAUGGGUGCUACAUGCUGCCGCUGCCCAUCUCCAAGGAGCGAGCUCUGCUGCCAGGAGACAUGGGCUGCCGCUUUCUGCCCGGGAGCCAGCAGAAGUCUGUCACCGUGGUGACCAUCCCUGCUGAGCAGCAGCCUCUGCAAGGCGGGGCUCCCCAGGAGGCGGUGGAGGAGGAGCAAGACAGGCGGGGCGUGGUGAAAAGCUCCACCUGGUCCGGGGUGUGCACUGUGAUCUUGGUGGCCUGCGUCCUGGUCUUCCUUCUCGGCAUCGUGCUCCACAACAUGUCUUGCAUUUCUAAGCGCUUCACUGUGAUAUCCUGUGGCUGAAGUCGGCGGCGGGGAAGUCUCUUGUGGGUGCCAACCAGGGGUUGAGCAGGUGCUGGUGAUGGGAUCGAGGUGAGGAGAUGGGGGCCACGCUGAUCAUUUGGUGCCGAGCGCUGGCCUCUGGGCUGCCCCUUAAUUAACCCAAGACAAACAUGAAGGGCAGAAUGCGAGGUCUCAACAAGAUACCAGGCAGCUUGCUCUGAGUAUUGACGGCGGCAGCUUCGAAGACGAUUGCAUGCAUCCUCGUAGUCAUUUGCUAAAUGGACUGUAAUUUAUGAUUUCUCAAAAUCAUGUUACAAGAUAGACACAUUCUACUUAGACGUUAAACUGUGCCAGUGCAUACAACAUGAUCUUCUCUAAAUGUGGUAGAUUAAAACAAAGAUGCUGUGUAUACAAGUAGAAUUAAACCUGAGAAUCCACGUAAAAAUUCAGCGACAACGUGCAGUGCUGGUUUCUUUCCCUUUUAAAAAUGAAACCCAGUCUUCGUUUAGUUGCUAAGGCUUUUUAUACUUUUUGAAUGGCACCCAAAUUAAAAUAAGUCAAGUGGACAGUCGUUUUCAAAGAAAAUAUUCGAACGUUUCCAAUGUGUUGUGUUUCGUCAUGUACCUUCAUUUUUCUUCCCUUGUGAUUAGAGCUCUAUACGUGUUUAUGAAAUUGAAAGCCCAACGGGGGAGCAAUAAACUGAGUAAUAAUGAGAAAUGCCUAAUCCCACAGGAAAACUGUAUGCCAAUUUUUCUCAAGCCAUCUCACAAAAUAAGAAUUUUAAAUGUAAAUAUUAUGUAUUCGUGUGUGUGUGCGUGUGUGUGUGAUUUGAUUUACCUCAGGUUUUGAAUCUUUUCAGAAGACUCUUGAUGGUAGGACUUUGUGGACAUGGAUGAGUCCGGGGUCUGAAACGGUGGCCAUCCUUGAGCACCAGGACCCACUGAGUGAGAUGUCACGUACUCAUCACUUCCAACACCUGCUCCUCUUCUGUGUAUUCAAGUCCUGUGUUCUGUGAGGCACAAAUGGAGCAUAACAGAUUCUGUCUUUUCUCCUAGUUUGGGGUAUUGUAAUAGCCAUGAGUGUUGGUAACUGAUGACAAACCCGGACUGGCAUUUUAAUAAUUAGUCCAUGAUUAUUUUUUCGAAAGAUAUUGUUCCAUGAGAGUUAAACCAUUCAGAAAUCUAGUUUCUUCUUGUUGUAUAAGUGAGAAUAUCUCUUGUAUUUUGAAAUAUGUUUUUAUUGAGAAAAGUGGCAAGGUAAACCAAUGACUCACAUUCCUGAUUGAAGUAGACCAGUUGAUCCUAAAUUCUCAAAUGUUCUUAAAUGUGUAAUUAUCUCUAGAUGCUCAUGAAGAAAGAUCUACUAGUAUUAAAUGGUAAAUUCCUAUGCCUGGAUGUGUGUGCAUUCAGAAGAAGCUGCGAGCUUUAUAGUUCUUUCCAGCUUCUCUUAGGGAAUUCAUGAAGCAAGUGGUAUGUGACAAGGACUUCACUCGUAAAUAUGUCUAUUUGUGUUCCAUUGAAUCUAUGAAAGUAGAGGAGAGAAAGACAAGCAGUGACUGGUUCCGAAAAGCAAGGCUAGACAUCAACGUGUAAGAUGAAGACAAUUUAAUUUGCUUAUACACUAACUAUUACCUUCAAGCAGUAAAAAUAUGCACAUUAAAGUGAUGGAAAUCAUGUGAGAUAAAAUGACAGUAUAAUAACUAGAAUCCAAAGUUAACACUGUUCAUUGCUGUGAGGAUUCAAUGUAAAAAUAUGAACUCGGGUUUUUCAAAUCUUUCAAAUUUUUCGUAAGACCUUUAGGAAAUGUAUUUGAAAGCUCAGACUAGAAAUUAGGUUAAAAUGCCAUUUUAUUGUGUAAGCUAUUGGGCAUUAUACAACAAAUCUAGGAUUUAUUUGGUAUUAAUAAUUUAGGUAUCAUAUUAGUUGAAUGCUAUCCUCUAUUACGUAACGUAAUAUACUGUUGGUUUAGUGUCGAUUUCUCAAACUCAACCAGGCCCCUGUAAUGCAUGUUUGACCUAAUUUCUAUUUCUCUUGGGGAAAAAACAAAAAAAACAACCCACAGAAAUGUUGCAUUAAGAAGACAACAUUUCAAAUGGACUUUGCCCUUGCAAUUUUAAGCCAGGCCACGUUUAAAUUAAUUUUGUAAAUGAUAUCUACAUAUGUUUAUGUACAGUAUGAAAUGACUGGCUGUGUAGUAUAGUAUCUGAUAGGAUUCUGUGUUAAGUAGGUUAUAUACAGACACUAAUGUGUGUGACAACACAGCGCUCUGUUUUUUUUGUGCAAAACCAUUGAGUUAAAAUGUCUAUGUAACUUUUACUUAACAUAAUCCCAUGCUAGAGCUGCAAUUAAGCAGUGCAGAAUUAAUCAGCUCUGUGAUAGAGUCUUGACUUUACGAUGUAAGGUAACAAUAACAACCAAAAUCAGAAUUGUGUGUGAGUUUUACUGACAUGAGAAACACUGUUUAAAUGAAUUCUGCCUGCAGUUCCUUAUGCACCUGUUAAGGUAUGCAUUCGUGUGUGUGUGUGUGUGCGUGUGUGUGUGUAUAUGUGUGUGUGAUGUCUCAGCCUGCCUGAUAGACUUUUUAUAGACUUAAUGAUAUGAUAAUAUUUGGUAUCCCAUUGCUCUGGCCUCUUCUGGCAUUAGCCAAUGACACUAAUAACUCAUCUACCCCAUGUGACAAAAGGCCAGUGACACAAUCGGCCAGAAUUCACAAUUGCACAUCAAUGAAAAAGGAAAAAAAAAACCUCCAUAACCGAAAGCACAGAGAGUUACCACUGAAAGCAACUUCUGAUGGCUUCCGUUGUAGGUGAGUCUGCUGAGGCCCACAGAGGUGCAGGGCAGCUUGUGAUUCUGCAGCAAAAGGGAGACAAGAAUUUUGCACUGCAGUUUCUUCUCGCCCUUUCCUAGGCCUGUUGAUAUCUUUGUCGGGCUGUGUGUGACCUUUUUCAGGGUGGAUGAAUGUCCUUUACUAACUCAACUCUUGCUUUCAAGUUGUUGUUUUUUAGUUUAGUAGAUUUACGUAUUCACUUUAGUUAGCAUCUACCUCUCUGGGAAAUGAAAGGAGGGUCGAUUUAAAGAUGAGUACAGACUUUUAAAGAAAACCAUGUGAUUUGAUUUUUUUAAAAUUGCAAACCAUUGGUUUCCCCGCUCCUCCCCGUAUGUAAAGGACAAUGAGUGUUGUGUAAAUAGUAAACUAUAAGAAGCAUGAAUUUUCAUCUUUAUUAAUGAUCUUGACCUAAGCAAGAGAAUGCUUAAUAUGUUAAAUAGAGCCAAGUAUGCUGUCAAAAAGCAUUGUUUUUGGAAAAUUUUUGUAUAAUGACUCGGGGCAUAAGUUGUGAUGAAAAGGCAUAUCUGUUCUCAGUUCUAGUCAUAUUUUAUGAUCAGAAAGCUAUAAGGUAUUUUCUUUAAGAAUAUAAUUUAAGGUUAAUCUUGUGCAUGACCGAAGAGCGGGUCCCUUGAAGGGUACACCGUGUCCUGGUGCUGCCCUUGGGAUCUUGUAGAACUUUCUGUGAUGAUGGGAAUGUUCUAUAACCUGUGUGGUCCAAUACAGUAGCCACUAGCCACACUGGCUGUGGGGCAACUGAAGUGCUGGGUUAGUUCGACUGGGGAACUGGAUUUUGUAUUUUAUUAUUUAGUUUUAAGUUAUUUAAAAUAAGCACAGUUUUGUGGAUGGUUGUGCAAUGGGAGAUAGCUUCUAAGUGUUUGGAGUAACAGUAAGGCUAAGAAGACAGUUUAUGGCUUAGUAACAUGCAGUUGGCUAAAAAAAAAAAAAUUUCUGGGCUUAAAAAGUAUAUGAUCUCAAGUAUGACAGUAAAAAGUCAUUGAUUGCCCUUUGGAGUUAUUACUUAGAUGCUUUGGAUCAAGGGACGAUCAGCAAAGCUUAAAGAGUGCUUUGUGAAGCCCCUUUUCUGGGAUCAUUAGCUGCAUGUGAAUCUGUUAUCCAAAAAUUGUAGUUAGACAGUAGCUGUAAAACGUUUGACUUGCAAGCUCUGCAUGACUUGUACUGUGAAAAUGUGUUUAGGGUCUUGUGGCCAAAAAGUAAAUGUUACAGAAAAAAAAAAAGCCUAAUGAAAUCCCUCUUCACAUCCAACAUCUCACCCAGACUUCAUUGCUGCAUUAGUAAGGUGUGAAGUAUAAGAGCAAGCUUGUUUUGCACUGUUCAUAGAGAGUUUUUGUUUGCCCUUGAAGUCUGCCAGUUUGUCAUUGUAUUUAGUAUGUGCAUAUGGGUAUCAUUUUUCAUUUGCCGGACUAAAACAUAGGUACUAUUUUUAGAGUGAGAUCUGACAUAGUUUUAGUCUUGUUUGUUUUUUUGUUUUUUUUUCAUUUUCAUUAUCACAGAAAGAAUUGAAGAUUUACAGCCUGGCACAAAGGCACCUUUUUUUUUUUUUUUUUCCAACAUUAAAAAACAUUGCUCGUGGAACUUAAAGACUUGAGGGUUAUUAAAGUUACUAAAAUUGCUUUUUAAGUGAGUAAAGGGAAGCAGAAAAUUCAGUUUUGAUAUAUUCAUAGAAAGUUCAGACUCUUCCUGAUAAUAUAGUAUUUAUUCCAGUCUAGGUAUUCAUUUAAAUAGUUCCCAUGGCUUUAUUUGAAAACCCACACUAUAUGGUUGGUUAGUCUGCUUUUCAUUGUUUCCAAAUAUAACAUAUGCCAAAUGCAUUUGCUUCAAUUUAGCAGAAUAGAGUUGAUUUUUUUUCCCCUUAGAGCUCAUGGAUGGCCAUUGGCUAUUCUUUUUAGCUUGUCUUUAAAAAUUAUUAAAUUAUUAAAAACCUUUUUUUUUUUUUUGCUGAAAUGGUAGUUUUUCUUUAGACUUAAGAGGUAGUUAGAAGUCCAAAGGGUAUUGGUAUGAGAUGAGUGAUAUACAAAAAGGUUUGAAUUUCUAUCUUCUCUGAGCAAAAUGAUGCUGCUAACUAGUCAGCAUUUUAUUUUCCACAAGACAUGUCAUUAGUCAGUUGAUUUGUCAUCCUUGACCUAGAAGAACGAAGCUGUUCCUUACCAUUUCUGUCAUUCUCGGUAAACUAUCACUCACAGAAUAAUCUUUACCAAAACAAACUCUAAAGUAGAAUGAGAUAGUCAUCAUAAUUCAGUAACCGUUUUCAAAACAGUAGUCUCUUUUUCAAAGGUGAUGAUGAUUAGUUGGUGAUGAAUUUUGUUAAACAUGAAACACUUCUUAAAAAUAAAUGAAAAUUCAAGCCAUUGAUUUUUCUGACACAAUUCACUAUAUGUAGAUAUAUAUCUAUGUCUAUACAUAUACAUAUGUACACAGUUUAGCAGUAAUAGGAGUUAAAAAUCAAGUAAAAAUCUUGUUAGACAUGUUUUCCAAUACGCGGGUUAUAUAAUGUUGAAUUUAGAUGUUAAUAUCUUAAAUUCUGUAGGCUACAUACAUUAUGUCAAAUCAACCACCUUUGGGAAUUUCUGUGUAACUAAACUUUUGUGACUUUUCAAACACACGAAGAGGUGGGUUCUAUAUCCAUUUUAUUGGAAAGCCAUUGAUGAUUGAAGGACGUAAGCAGGUGUGGGACAUUUACUUUCUGUCUUCGAAAUAGCUAUUAUUUGGCUCUGCUUAAGUCGUCACACUGUUAUUCCUGAACUCUUACUAUAUGGCUCUGAUUUUUCUGCACAAGUUUCCCUGCCCAGUCAGGCCAAUAAUAAUAAUAAUUAUUAUUUUUUUCAGGAUUCACUGCCUGGGGUCUCCCACUGUGUAUAUCUCACUUAUGAUGUCGUGGUGCUUGAAAACACUCAUCUCGUUAAGCUAGACUUUAUUAUUCUAGUCUAAAGUUUUUGAUACUGUUCAUAUUAUUAUCUUUUUAGGGACAAUCAGUCAUAUUUGUGGCAUUGUACUGAACGGGGAGUCUCUUGAAGUCUGUUUUUCUGGGAAUGUUCUCUUGUAGCUGUUCCUGUUCUAGAACACUGCUCUAAAUUCAUCACCGCAGGGCAUAGGGCUAGUAGCCCAUGAGAAGGUCUUCUGUGGCCUCCCUGGGUUGUGAGUUAUUGGGCUAGUUUAACAAGAGUUUUCCAAAGGUAAGCUCAGUUUUUAAUUUGUCAUUUGCUUUUUGAGAAUCCAGAAGUAGAAGGUUGGAUAUGAUGGUGGUGAAGGAGCUUGAGCUGUCAGAGGAAAGAAAUAGAUGAGGAAAUGACCCUUAACGGCGAACUAGUUGACAUCUAUGUCAUCUGUAUUCGAAUAGCGGGAGGGUGGAGUAGCUGGUAUCUUAUAUCGUGCUUCGGAAAAUCCCUGCUCCAGUUUUCCUGGCCGAGGGAGAACCCAGUUAUUAAGUGGAUCCUGUGUUGGUCUGUAGCAACAGGUGGGCGGGUCCUCCCAGUGAGUGAGAAAACGCUUGCAUAAAAGGGAAAGAAAUCUGGAAUGGGACUGUAGCUCCAAAACCAGUUAUAUUGAAGCUGGAGGACAGUCAUGGCAGAAACCAGAUGAAGGAAGAAACAGAGGGCAACUGGGAAUAACUUGACCAAGCACAAUUUGUCAUUCCAGUAUGGCCUACCAAGUUUAAUUCAAGAUAUUUAAGUUGACAUAUAGGGAAUGUGCUCAGCAGAUGAGAUGGUCCCAUGAGGCUGCACUGGGUUGUCAGCACACUAGGCAAUUUCAGAGCCUGCCCUAGAGUUGGUUGCUGAGUCAUUACAAAGUAACGAUGCCCUCUGAACCGUGGAUGCAUGCCUGUGCCGUGGAUGUAUCUUGACUUCAGUCAGGUUCAUACUAUUGGAGAGACUUGUUCAAGAAUAUUUUGGUUUCUAUCUUGGUUGUUGUCAUUUAUUACAUUUUUUUCUCCCACCACUUGUUCCUGUUUGCCUCACUUGACAGUUGCAGGUGGGGAUGCUGGUUUCAGCUUGGGGUGGUUACAAACUCCCAACAUAAGCCACGCAGCUGCUACACAGGGUUCCUGCCAUUCUUAUGGCUCCAUUGGUGGGUUCCCUGGCCCUUUUGAUAACUAAUACUCCAGUCAAAUGGCUAGAUUAAUGCUGCUCAGAGGCUGUUAACUCAAGUCCUUGACAUGUUUCAUUUAUAAUUAUGUGGAUUAUUUAUUUUAGGAGCUUUUCUUUUAAAAGGCCAAAUCGGCCUACAGAUAAGUGAGCUGCUGGGCUAUGUAGAAAAUGUUGUCCAAAUGUUGCCAAAUAUUAACUUCAUAAGGGGGAUAUCAAGCUGCUGUUUAUAAAUCUGAAUGUCUUAAAAGCAUUCUUGCUUGCUCUCUCUGUUGUAGAUGGUGUCAUAGCAGGUCCUGAGUUUUUCCAAUGAACCCAAUUUUAAUACAUGGUAUUUUUGUAUGCCAAACUGAUGUCUUGUCCUUUGUAUAUGUGGUAAUGUUGAUUUUAUGACUACUGUUAAAACACAUUUGCUAUGAUUAAAAUUCAUAAAACUAUUUCAAA